AGAGUGCUGGGGGGUAGAGAGGAGGGGAAGUAAGAGCCAGGGAGCAGAAACUUCCUUGUUCACGCUCUCUGGUGCCUGGCUCUGCAGACUUCCUCUGGCCUCAGUCACUUCCUUCUGCACCGGGAGCGAGCAGCAGCAGCGAGCAGCAGCGGCGGCCGCCCCGAGCCGAGACCCACCCGGCUCACCGCGCACCCCCCGCCGCCCCGAGCUAUGAGCCACGGUUGCUGAAGCGGAGCCCAGGGAACGUGAGCCGGGAUGCAGAGCAUAAAGUGCGUGGUGGUGGGUGAUGGGGCGGUGGGGAAGACCUGCCUCUUGAUUUGCUACACCACCAACGCCUUCCCCAAGGAGUACAUCCCCACCGUCUUCGACAACUACAGCGCCCAGAACACGGUGGACGGCAGGACUAUUAACUUAAAUCUGUGGGACACGGCAGGCCAGGAGGAGUACGACCGGCUCCGGACGCUUUCCUACCCCCAGACUAACGUCUUCAUCAUCUGCUUCUCCAUAGCCAGCCCGCCCUCCUACGAGAACGUGAAACACAAGUGGUACCCGGAGGUCUGCCACCACUGCCCCAACGUGCCCAUCCUCCUCGUAGGCACCAAGAAGGAUCUGAGAAACAACCCCGACACCAUGAAGAAGCUAAAGGAGCAGAACCAGAUGCCCGUCACCACCCAGCAGGGGGUCAGCCUCUCCAAGCAGAUCCACGCCGUCAAGUACAUGGAGUGCUCCGCCCUCAACCAGGAAGGCAUCAAGGAGGUCUUCACGGAGGCCGUGCGAGCCGUCCUCAACCCCGCCCCGGUGAAACCUAAAAAGCCCUGCAUCCUUUUGUGAAGAGGACUCCAGAAACCAAAGCGGUGUGGCUGGGCUUGGUGGCUGCUUGGGGUGGGGGAGGGUGCCGUAGAACCCUGAGAUGAUCCCGCCCUUGUCCCUCUGCUCCCAGUGAUGCUAGUAUGUACAGCCCUUCUCUCUCCAGACGCUUCCCGGCUGUCUGUCCCAGGACACGGCAAGGGAAAUCCUGCCUCCAUUGUAUCCAGCGUGCCCCAACCCCACUCCCCAAGCCUUGCGUCCUUCCAGUGAAGGCGCGAUUGGACAGCUGGGUGCCACGAAACCAAGGCUGUUCUCGAUAAUAAUAAACCACGUUUGCACUAAUACGUAGAUUGUCUUGGAUCACAUUGGGGGAGGGCGGGUAAACCCUGAUAUGUCAUUAGGUGGUUUCCCCUCCCCUUUGAUGUGACCCCAAGGAGUCCCUGGUCCCAUCAUGUUCUCGGGACCUGGGUACGUAGCUCACUUGGGGAUGAAUGGCUUCCACUUCUUGGUCAGCCAUUCAGAUGGCCACUAAAAUGAAAUCGCUGCACUGCAAACCCCUGUCCUGAGAAGCGAGUGCUCAGACGGCAUCUGCAACCACUUGCGCCCCCUCCGUGGCCUUUGGUCCUCCAAACCCAUCAGUUCCCGGGAUGGAAGGAAACCAGGAACCUUGCUCAGUGCUAAAACACGCCCGCCCUCCAGGAGCUGUGGCUGCUUUGGUGGUUUGAUGGGGCCGCUGAGCCAUCCUGCACGGCCGACAGAACUGGAGUAAUUGCUGCAUUGCAGGUUGAAGCUCAUCAGCUGCCAAAGAAGCAAGUCCCUUUGUCACAUUGAAGACCUGCCAGUGUUUCCACGGGAUUGACUUGUGAUUUGCCGGGCGAAGGGAAUUAUAGAAACUUUUUCUGAUUGUCUUCUCCUGGCUUCCUCAACGUUCAUUCUGCUCUGAGCCCCACACAGCCCUUCACUGGUAGAGACCACCUGGCCACUCGGCAUGUUUGGAAAGGGUACCCCUGCAUGAAGAUGCUUUCGACAAAUCCCACCUGUUUACAAAGAGAAGGCAUUUCUGCUUACAUGGG